AUGGCCGAUGGUUGGAGAUGGAUGGAGAGUAAGAAGCAGCGGUGGCCGGCGACCGAAGAUGGGGGAAGAAGGAGGGGUCGGACGGUGUUGGACAAAGGGAUCUGUGUAGAGUAUCGCACGAGAGAGGAAGCAGUUUUGGCCGGCGAUGGGGAAAGAGAAUCACAUGUGUUCAAAAAUCACACAUCGGUUUCCCAUGCCAUGGCUCUUGUUGGUAAUCGUUCAUGGUUGAUCUUUUUCAUUGCUUUUGCGGCAUUGCUACUCGUUUUGGUCAAUGGCGAUGAUGUUUUUCUAGAGUGGCAAGUAAAUAUUGACACCACGAUUAAACCUGUUUUAGCUGAUCAACCGGUUAUAACCAUCAACGGGAUGUUUCCUGGCCCGCUUAUCAACGCGACCACCAAUGACAUUAUACACGUUAAUGUAUUCAACAACAUAGACGAACCUCUUUUGAUAACUUGGAAUGGUAUACAACAAAGGCUGAACUCAUGGCAAGAUGGAGUAUCGGGUACUAACUGUCCGAUCCUAUCCGGUUCUAAUUGGACCUAUGUAUUCACUCUAAAAGACCAAAUUGGCACCUUCUCUUACUUCCCCUCCAUCAACUUCCACAAGGCUGGUGGAGCUUUUGGCCCGAUCCGAGUCAAUAAUCGGGUCGUGAUCCCGAUUCCGUUUCCUACACCAGAAGGCGAGUUCGAUCUUCUUAUCGGAGAUUGGUACCAAGAGAGUUUUAAGGAAAUUCGCUCUAUUUUGAACAAUUCGAUUGUUAACCUACGCCCUAACUCGAUGCUCAUUAACGGGCAUAGCCGUUAUCCGCAAACAAGAAACCAAACCUUUGCUGUUGAAGCAGGUAAAACGUAUCUGAUAAGGAUAUCAAACGUUGGAACUGAAUGGAGUAUCAAUUUCCGAAUCCAAAAUCACUUAAUGCUACUAGUUGAGACUGAGGGGUCGUAUACGAGCCAAAUAAUAUUAGAUUCGCUCGAUAUACACGUGGGCCAGUCUUACUCGGUUUUGGUAACAACAAACCAAGGUGAGGCCGACUACUACAUGGUGGCGAGCCCUAAAAUGGUUAACGUACCUGAAUCGAGCACCCUGGUUGGUGUUGGGGUGUUACAUUAUGACGACUCUACUACACCUCCCCAAGGUCCGUUUCCUCUAGGGCCCGACCCAUUUGACAUUAAUUUUUCUGUCAAUCAGGCAAAAACAAUCAGGUGGAACCUGACCGCGGGGGCAGCAAGGCCAAACCCACAAGGAACAUUUAAUGUGUCGAAUGUCACGUUAUCCCAAACGUUUAUUCUCCAAGGGUCGCUAGCUGAAAUCAACGGCUACGCUCGUUACACUGUUAACAAUGUCUCGUAUCGUGUUCCGAACACCGCGUUAAAACUAGCCGAUUACUAUAAGAAUGGCACGGGGACUUAUCAGCUUGAUGCUUACCCUGCUAAUUCAUCUAACCCCAUUGCCAGUGAUGGUACUUUUGUUGUUUCUGGGACUCACAACGGAUGGCUUGAAAUCGUGUUCAAGAACAAUUUGCGAGUGAUCGAUACUUGGCAUUUGGAUGGUUUCGGGUUCUAUGUUGUGGGGUUCGGCAAUGGAGUAUGGACCCCUGAUAUGCGAUCAACGUACAAUCUCUAUGAUCCAGUUGUUCGAUCAACGGUUCAGGUUUACCCGGGAGGAUGGACUGCGGUUUAUGCAUAUCUAGACAACCCCGGAAUGUGGAACUUACGUUCACAAGUGUUGAAGCAUUGGUACUUAGGUCAAGAGCUCUAUAUUAGGGUUUAUGACCCCGACCCGAAUCCUGCUAAAGAACGACAACCCCCAUCCAACCUUCUCUUUUGUGGAUCCGUUAUUCCUCCAUCGCCUCAACCUCCGCCACCUCCACCAAAGCGGUCUCGUGCGACAACGCUACCCAUAAACUGGUGA